AUGCGUGUCAUGGAGAUGAAGCUGAAUCAUGCCACAAAAGCAGAGCUCGAAGAGCGAGAACAGCUCAUACGUGAGUGUGAGGAAGAGCUGGCGCGUCGCAAGCGCAGCCGCAACAGCCUCAUGCCUGUCUCGCGACUCCCGACAGAGCUACUGCUGAAGAUCAUCGCGAUCGCCUGGGGAGAUUGCGCUUCCUCCAGGCCCAUGUUCCUCCUCCAUGUCUCCCAUGUCUGCUGGCUCUGGCGUAUGGUGGCGCUGGACACACCUGCACUCUGGGCACGCGUGGGACUAGCGAACCCCCGCCACGUCAAGCUGAUGCUCAAGAGAUCCAAGGGCGUGCCACUCACUGUCUGCGGGGAGGUCAAGACCUACGCAUACUCAGGGAAGAGGGAGAGGGAAGCCUUUCUGGUCGCUCUACGGAAGCUACAGCGUAUCCGCGAGCUGGAUCUGCGCAUUCUCGACCCGCCCCAUGAUGAUGGCACACGUCCUCGCAAGCUCCGCAAGCAAGUACUUCACCAACUGGUCUCGCUUACAGUGGCAGACGAGACCUUCUACUCUGAUAAAGUCUUCGCAACGUGGCUCCCGGAGCUCGACUGUCCGAGUCUGCAGCACCUCUCCGUAUCCCGCUGGGCGAUCACAAGGCGGGGCUAUGGCAAGCUUCUGCGCCCCUCGCUGCUGUCCCUCUCUAUGGACAGGGACCACAUUGAAUUUUCCGACCUUGUGGUGCUUCUAGAGAACUUGCCUCAGCUUCAGUCUCUUACACUCAAAGAGUGCUUCCAACGCCCCAGAUCUGCGUUAACCCCGGUCCUCAGAGGUCCUACGAGAAAGGCGACUAUGCGUCGCCUCGAAUCCUUGGUCCUAGUCGACACCCUUCUCCACUGCUCUACAUUAUUUGUCCACCUCGACAUCCCGGCCGCCAUCAACAUUGAAAUGGUACUAUCUUCGUUCACAUGUAAGCAUUCCUACUCCCAUAACGGUCGUCGAGUGGACGAAGAAGUCCCGCUAUCGGACGUCGUCGAGUCCAUCACAACGCUGGCGCAGGGGGUAUUCAAUGAAAGCUCUCAGGUCAAGCUUGCUAUCGCCGACAGGACCCGGGACAUGUCCGACUACUACUCACAUUACUCACGUGGUGUCGAUGACGUCGAUGCGCGCAGAUGGCAGGACUACGUGGCUUGGGCCGCGGAGGGCCCCAGGAUGCUGAUAUCUGUAUUCAAUGGCACCCAUUCGUCAGAAUAUGGCGAGGCCGACUCCGGGGACGUCAAGGAGGCCCUGGUGCGGUCGCUCGCGGAGCCCGAUCUGAAGUAUUUGCAAGUGGAUCCAACAUCCGGGAUGAAGGCAGGCCACUGGAAGCGACGAUUUGGACACCUGGUCAAUGUUACGAGGCUGUGGGUGGCACGGGCAGACCACGAGUUCCUCGACGCAUUGUCGAUCCAAGGGGCAGCGUCGCAGCAGGAAGGCAUGGACCGGCCCGCGCCUUUGUUCCCUCGCCUCGAGUACCUCACCAUCGAGGACAUCUCUCCGCACGCGGGAGAAGACUUCCCAAGCCGGCUAGCCGUCGCGCUGGAAUCGAGAGAACGCAAAUUGGCGCACCUCGACAUCCGCGGCGUGACCGGCUGGCCGAGCGAAGACGUGGCGCAAUUGUCAGAUAUCGUCGUGAAGCUGACUAUCGCACCUCCAGCAAAUGCGAUCAACACGCACGGGUACGAGUACGACGAAAAGACGCAGCUGUACGCCGAGGCUCCCCCCGAUUCCUCCUGGAGUGAGGCAGAGCUGAGUGACAGGGAGGAUGAUGUCGACGAAAGAGACCUGUAUUUAGAGGAUUGA